AAAUUGAGUGAUAGGAAAUUAGAAAUUGGAAUACCUUUCCAUCUAAAUUGAAUGAUAGGAAAUUAGGAAUUGGAAUACCUUUCCAUUUUAUGGUCAAUUGAUAAAUAGAAAGGUGGGAGAAUAAAAUAAAAAUAGAGUAAAUAUUUUAACCUCUCUCUCUCUCUCUCUCUCUUUCUCUCUCUCUCUCUCUCUCUCUCUCUCACUAGAAACCAAAAGCCCACGAGAAGAACAUUUAAUUUGAACAGAAGCUCUCUCUCUCACUCUCGCUCUCGCUCUCUCUCUCUCUCUCUCUCUCUCUCUCUCUCUGUGAAUGAAUAUUGAAUGCUGAAUAAAUCUUCUGGAAAAAGAAAAAAGGGAAUGUCCGUCUGAUUUAAAUUCAGUCUGAGAAAACAAAAAUAUGAUUAUUAUCCGUUAGAGGGAGGGAGAGAGACUGCGAGAAGCUUUGAGAGAGUGAUGGGUGGGGUGACAUCGUCGAUGGCGGCGAAGUUCGCCUUCUUUCCGCCGAAUCCGCCGUCGUACAAGGUGGUGACGGACGAGCUCACGGGUCUGUUGCUUCUGAGUCCGUUCCCUCACCGGGAAAACGUGGAGGUGCUCAAACUCCCCACUCGGCGCGGCACCGAGAUUGUGGCCGUCUACAUUCGCCACCCCAUGGCCACCUCCACUCUCCUCUACUCCCACGGCAACGCCGCCGAUCUGGGUCAGAUGUACGAGCUCUUCAUCGAAUUGAGCAUCCACCUCCGUGUUAAUCUUAUGGGUUAUGACUAUUCUGGAUAUGGGCAAUCAUCUGGGAAGCCAAGUGAGCAGAAUACAUAUGCAGAUAUUGAGGCUGCAUAUAAGUGUCUUGAAGAGAGCUAUGGAACCAAGCAGGAAGAUAUUAUUCUCUAUGGCCAGUCUGUUGGAAGUGGCCCCACAUUGGAUCUUGCAGCCCGCCUGCCUCAACUAAGGGCAGUUGUUUUGCAUAGUCCUAUACUUUCAGGCUUGAGAGUAAUGUAUCCUGUGAAGCGCACAUAUUGGUUUGACAUUUAUAAGAACAUUGACAAGAUUCCAUUGGUUAAUUGUCCUGUACUUAUCAUUCAUGGAACUUCAGAUGAAGUUGUUGAUUGCUCCCAUGGUAAGCAACUCUGGGAAUUGUGUAAAGAGAAAUAUGAACCACUAUGGCUCAAAGGAGGGAACCAUUGUGAUUUAGAGCUCUAUCCAGAGUAUAUCCGGCAUUUGAAGAAGUUUGUGUCAACAGUGGAGAAGUCACCUUCCCAGAGGAGCAGUUCCAGGAGAAGCACAGACCAGUUUGAGCAGUCUAGGAGGAGCACUGAUGUGUUUGAGGUUUCAAGGAAGAGCACUGAUCGGAGAGAGAAACCGAGACAGAGCACUGACAGGCCUGAAAAACUGAAAAAUCAGUCUGCAGUAGUUGAUAAGCUAGAAAAAUUAAGGAUCUCAUUUGAUCAAAUGGAGAGGUCGCGGAGAAGUGUAGAUUGCCAUGAGAAGUCUCGGAAAAGCAUUGACCACCAGCUGGAAAGAGCUCGGAAGAGCGUCGAUCGGUUGGAUAGAAUAAGGACUGGGUAAUUCUUUUCAAACCAAAAUGUAAAAUUCAUGCGAGAGUUCAGCAUUGUGGGGAAAAAUUAUUUUGGGUCCUUUUGCUUUUGUAUUUAUGGUUUCUUGGCAGUGUAGUUGGCUUGUGGAAGUUCUAUAAUAACUAACUACGACAUGAAAUGAGAAAGGGUUUGGUAAUGUAAUGAUAUCUCUCCACCAUUCAUGUGCUGUGA